AUGGGAUUAUCAGGCAUCAAGUAUGAGGACCUUGCAUAUACUUCCUCUCAGGGUUUCGCUGCUGUCGGUGCAAACAAUGGUCACAAUGGAACAGGCGGAUUGCCCUUUUACAAUCAUCCCGACACCGUCAUUGAUUUUGCAUGGAGAUCCCUACACACAAGCGCAGACGUUGGCAAACAACUCACUAAAGCUUUAUACGGGACACCACACUCAAAAUCUUACUAUCUCGGCUGCUCGCUCGGUGGUCGACAGGGGAUUGGAAACGCAGAGAAGUUUCCGAGCGACUUUGACGGAAUUGUUGCAGGAGCACCAGGUGUCGAUUUCAACAACCUCUACUCAUGGAGGGCGCACUUUUUCCCGCUUACUGGCGCGAUCGGCUCACGCGACUCUGUUACGAGCAAUGCCUGGAAAACAUGGAUUCACGAUGAAGUUUUGAAGCAGUGUGACAUGAUCGAUGGCGUGGAAGAUGGCAUUAUCGAGAAUCCGGGCCUUUGUGACUUUGACCCAUCGAGAUUGCUGUGUGCAGGCAACUCUACGAAUAAUUGCUUGACACAACCGCAGGUUCUGCGACUGAGACAGAUUUACAGCGAUUAUAAGUAUCCCAACGGGCACACCAUUUUUCCAGCUAUGCAGCCUGGAAGCGAGGUCAACGCCGCGGAUGGUCUAUAUGCCGGCACAGCAUGGAAACCCUCUGAGGAUUGGUUCAAAUACGUCGUAUAUAACGAUCCAUCAUGGAAUGCAUCACGCUUUAACUUCGAGGACGCUGCUGUAGCAGAAAGGCUGAACCCGGGCGACAUUCGCACCUUCCCAUCCUUGCUCUCGAGGUUUGAGAGACGCGGAGGCAAGCUGCUUAUCUUUCAUGGCCGACAAGACAAUCAGAUAACAUCGUUCAAUAGCGAUCGCUUCUACAAACACCUCAAGGGUCAGCGAUCGUAUACAGACAUGGAUAAGUGGGUACGCUACUUCCAAAUCUCUGGCAUGAAUCAUUGUAGCACUGGCCCCGGGGCAUGGGUCCUCGGCCAAGGUGGAAACGCUGCUGCAGCUGGUAUACCGUUUCAAGCGGAAAACAAUGUUCUGAAGGCAAUGGUCGACUGGGUGGAGCAGAGCGUUGCGCCUGAGCACAUGCAAGGCACCAAGUUCGUAAACGACUCGGUGGCGUUGGGCGUGGACUUCAAACGUCGCCAUUGCAGAUACCCGUUGUACAAUGCAUACAUUGGCGGCGACCACAAGAAUGCCUCUAGUUGGGAAUGCGGACAUGGGAUUACGACCGGAAAGCCGUAG